AUGGCUCUCCAAAGCACCCGACCGGAUCUUCCGAUAGAACAGGCAUCUGUGCUACCUGAGUCCAAACUCUCCAUAAAAAAUCGCCUCCAAUCCAUCAUUUAUGACACCCGUUUUGUGGAGAACUUUCAUCAGUCCCACUAUCCAUCAUUCCCAUUGAUCCCCAAUGAAAGGUGUGGGCCGUGGUACGUGCCUACUAACAAGUAUUCCGAGACCUCGUACUUUAAGUCUACCGAUGGCCAUGUCAACGAGUGGCAGUUUUCCAUGCGUAGAUUGAAUCUCCAUAUCCUCCCCAUCAUCGGAAGCCAUCAAGGCAUCGUCAGUGUGGAUUCCACCCGAAGAGGCAAGUUGAUUCCAGACUCACUUCUGAAAACUAUCCCAAUAUGGUGUGCUGUGCUCAAUUGCAUAAUGUACGAGGAUGAACAGGAGAGAUCAGACCACUGGUUCCGAUCUCCAGUAUUCAUCACCAAAGAAGAGCACGACAAAAUCGUGGAGCGCAUCCCAGCAAUGGUCCAAGAAGUCAAGAAGAUGGGCAUCAUCACAAAGGAUCGAAUCAUUGCUGGUUUGGGAGGUGAACGCCGCCCAAUAGUGGCGGAGUGGCACUACCCUGUGCCAGAACAUCCAGUCGAAGCAUCUCCUGAGGAGCAGAAUCUCCCAAUAUCGGCAAGGCCGCUUCCUAUCGUGAACUCAGACUCUAUUUCCACGACCAUAGAAGUUCAGGGGUUCAGUAAGCCCGAAAAAUGCUAUACAAUCGUGUGCUUGACUGCUUCAUUGAAGGUCAAGCAUGGAGAAGCCAGAAUGCUUUUGCCCCAGCUGCUGUGGAAUUAUAUCCAAGGCUCAGGAGAUGACCAUGAGCUUUGGGCGACAAAGGACGUCUGUGAUGGACAAUUGAACCCUCAAUUCUUCUGGGAGAAUGUGGUUUUUGCUGGCGAAAAGCUCAACAAAGAGAUAAUAGACUCUGCGACUGGCUACAUCCACGAUGAUCUUUCAGAAACCAGCUUUCUUGAAAAAUUGCAUUCAAUCAGCGCUAAGAGACCCCAGCUUUCCAGCGUGGAAGAUCAGUUGACAACCACUGCUGUCAAAAACUCAAAUAACGACACUGGAAUUAUAUUCGGAUCGAUCAAGGCUGACGUCAGUUAUCAUAGCUUGGAGCAGGCGUUUCCCAAGAUGCAGACACUUAUAAUAUUCAGUGAAAAAUUCCAAAUGGUGGAUACUCCCGAAAAACCUGUUUUCCAAUACAAGCAUAUAGAUAUAGAUUGCUCGAAAAAGGGAGCCAAAAAACUUAGGUACGAGUUCCCCAAAAUAGUUCCUUCAAAAAACCCGUUUAAUGCGGAGAAUCUGCUCUUGGUGCUAUGUGACACUGGUACUGAUAUCAGUGUCGGGCUCGUGGUGCUAUUGUUGUGUUCGUUCUAUGAUACUGAGUGGUAUCCAACCCCAGCCGGGUCACAUAAAAUUGACAAAGAAUUGGUUCGGAAGCAUUUGGGUAUGGUUUCAAAUCUACAAAAGGUCAAUCCAAGUCGGAACACUUUGCAAAGUGUACAUGAGUAUUUAAUGAGUUAA